CUCCGGGCGCCCCCACUGUCAGCCCAGGAUUGAUGGAUAGGAGCGUGCAUCGCACAAAACAUCAAUUCUGUCCUGCUUUCUCUUUCAUUCUGAGCCUCACGUUCCUCAUCUCUCCUCCCUCUCCCUUUCUCACCCUCCCCUACUGAUGCUGCUCCAGGUCCCUCGCCGGUUCCUCUCUUCCUCACUAGUUUCCACAAGGCAUCCGUAAAGCCGACAGAGAGCACGCCGUGAGGCAGCAGAACAGCGAGGCGGGCGGACUGCUAUUUCUGUGACAGCCUUUUCUGUCUGGCAGGGUGCGUGAGAGCCGGAGCGCUGGACUGGACUGUGGUUUUCCGUGGGAGAGGAGGCGGUGGGGGAGCGAGGGGGAGAAGAGAGGGGCAGGUUGGACAGAUGGAGGACGGCGGUACCCGGCACCUGGGAUGCUGCGUGGUUGACGUGAACGAGCUGAGCGCCAACCCUGAAGGACUGAGCGCUGCCGCUGUGACUGUAACUCCAAAGCUGCGACAGUUGGAGUUCAGCAUUGCCUGUAAUGAUCUGGCGGCCUCGGGCAGAGACAGGAAGCCCAAUGCUUUGGUCCAGGUGGCUGUCAUAGAUCCCCAGAAGCAGCAGCUCGUCUUCCACGCCUGCACAGAGAUAGUGGAGGCAAACAAAGACCCGCUGUUUUUGACGGGGGUGACCUUCCCUUCAGAGUAUCCUGACAGCCAAGACUCGCUGGUCAAGCUAACUGUGUAUGAUGCAAAAAACAAGAGCCAAGAAUCAAGCUCCUUCCUCGGUAGCGCUACCUUUUCCAUCGGGGAUCUGCUGAGGGCUAAAGAUGGACGACUGACCUUGAGCCUGAGGUCGGCGGAUGGUGUGUGCCCAGCAGGAACAGCGGUAGUGAGUCGUCUGAAGAUGGGGGAGGUGGAAGAGGCUGACCACAUCGCCACCGACUCGUCCUCACAGAAGUGUCCUUUGGUGUGUGAGCCUGCGGACCAGUCCUGCAUCGACGGAGAAGAUUACGCUCUAACUGGGCCAGUGUUCAGGAACCCAGUAUGCAAGGUGUACAGAUUUCAGACAGUGGACAGCAAGUGGAUGCUGGUGCGGGAACAAAUGGAGGAGUGCACUCUGUCGUUCACCAUCCCCAAACAGCUGCUGUCGCUCUACAUCCAGGAGGACAGGAGCAGGUUGCAGGAUCUGGAGGAAUUGGGGGAGCUCUCUCCUCACUGGGACAACCUGAGGAAGGAGGUUGUGAUGCGAUAUGGAGGAAUCAUCGGCUCUUACCAGGAGACUUUGGCUGAACUGGAGAAGAUAAGCGGUUCAUUCAAGCCGAGUUGCUGCAAAGCCCAGAAGUCUCUGGAGUUCAUCCCAAUAAACCUGCACACACAGAGGAUGAGAGUGACAUGCCCCCAAAGAACAGAUGCUUUGUAUGACAUUAUCACUGUCGGUGCUCCAGCAGCCCACUUCCAGGGCUUUAAGUGUGGCGGCCUGCAGCGUCUCCUGAGCAGAUAUGAAGCAGAGAAGAAGAGCUUUAGCACUGCCUACCAGUGUAUCUACUACUCCCCUCAGCACACAGCCAAAGCUCAGGAGGUACUCAGCACCGUGAGUCUCCUCCAGCCCCUCAUCACAAGCUUGGCUGACCAGCUCCUCCAGGCCGCCCUUGAACACUCCUCCUCCGGACUCAAGGAUGCACUAAAGAGCCUUUCCGACAAGACGGAGCAGUUUGUCCACACGCUUAAGGACGAAUUGGUCAAGAGCGCCCUGCUAGCGCUGCACGCGGCCCGGCCCGGGUACGUCUCCAAGAGCCAGAAGCAAACUCCAGUGCUGUGUCACCAGCAAAGCCAGGGUGGGGACCUGAAUCACAGUCCGGUCCAAGGACUACCGGGCCACAGUCCGGCCACGCCUGACACAGAAAGCCCGGUGGCGUGUAAUAAUGUGAAAGGAGGAGAUGGCGGGUCGCUGAAGCACCAAGACUCCAUACCACACCACAAAGAGUAUGACGAGGAGGAAUGGGAUAGAGUUUGGGCCAACGUCGCCAAAUGUCUCAACUGUGUGAUCGCCAUGGUGGAUAAACUCCUCGAAGGUGACAACAGCAAACCAGAGCCAGCGCCGGAGCAACAGCUUGCUGAUGUCAUCACCUCACACAACCCAGGUGACUGGCGAGAGCAGCUGAGUCCUCUGGUGACCAGACUAAAGGAGUGCGUGUUGGAGGUGGUGGAGAAAGCAAAGAGAGCAAUGACCUUCGUCCUCCUGCAGGAGGCAGUGUGCAGCAUACCUCAAGGCCUCCACCUGCAGCAGAGGAGAGACGUAGUCUUCAGUCAGGCACUGGCAGCGCUGGCAUGUGGCUUUGUGAUGAGGCUGUACGCAGGCUUGCAGGACAAAGACUUCCUGAGGCAGCUCCACCUCGUCGGCCUGGUGGCUCAGUUCGAGAGCCUGCUGAGCACUUACAGCGAAGAGAUCGGGAUGCUUGAGGACAUGGAGAUUGGAAUCUCUGACCUGCAGAGAGUCACGUUCAAGAUCACAGAGGCCAAAGCGGAUGACCUCAGUGACCUGCAGCCUUCAGUUUGUGGCCGACGAGACCACUUCACUGUCGAAGUGCCAUUACCACAAGUGAUUUUUCAGACCUUGCCAGAAGAGAUCAAGGAGGGCAGGCCUCUGCGAGUUUUCCCCGUUCUGUUUAACGUUGGCAUCAAUGAGCAACAAACUAUAGCCGAGAGGUUCGGCGAUAUCUCUCUACAAGAAAGAAUAAACCAGAAGAACUUUGAGAUUUUAGAAGCUUAUUACAAGACAUUAAGAGAAAAGGUGCCACUAGAAUGUCUACCAUGUUUUCAGACACAGACUGACAUAAAGGAAUUACUUGAAACGCUGGGCCAGAAUGUAAUCACAAAGAAGAGGAAGAACGUUGAAAUACUGUGGAUUGCUGGAACUAUUUGCCGAAGGCUGAACGGAAUCCGAUUUACCAGCUGUAAAAGUGCCAAAGACCGAACAUCCAUGUCUGUCACAUUAGAGCAGUGCGCCCUACUGAGGGACGAACACCAGCUCAGCAAGGACUUCUUCGUCCGAGCUCUGGACUGCAUGCGGAGAGAAGGAUGUCGGAUUGAGAACGUUCAAAAGAAUAUUAGAUGCAGGAAAUACGCCUUCAACAUGUUGCAGCUGAUGGCCUUCCCCAAAUGCUACCGACCUCCAGACGGGACAUACGGCAAAGUUAACUCCUAAGGACUCUUGGCGCGGAGUGUACUGUAAAUAAAACCUCAUCUUGUGAUAUCCAGGAAAGAAAUAUGAACGCUUACGAACAGGAAUGAAUAUGUAAACUGUUUUAUUGUUGAACUUGUAUUUAUGUAAGCAGGGUACAAUUAUUGACGUCCAGAAAGGAAUCUGGAUUUGUCAAACAUGUUGCUUUGAAAGCAAGAGCACUUUUUACUCAAAUGCUUAUUUUUAUCAUGGCCCUGGUGGCAAUGCAUAACCUUAUCAUGUGUGUGUGGGUGGGGGGGGGGGUGUGAGGGGGUGGGCGUGUGCAGGGGUGUGUGUGUGUGUGUGGGUGUGUGUGGGUCUGUGUGUGGCCAUUGUAACAGCUAAAAAAUCAGUUUGAGCAUCAGAAAGGUGAAUGUUGUUGGACAGGUGACUUCUACAUAGAAGUACUUUGCAUUUAAACCUGCACACACACCCCUGUGCACGCACACACACCCCCCACACACACACAUAUAUAUAUCCUAUUUUUUAAUUUAUGUGCUGAUUAAAUAAAUGUUUUCUGUAACCUUUAGCACAUUUAUAUGUUAUAGACAAAUAGAUGGAUAGAUGAUUCAUUAUUCAUGUCACUUGUAUAUUUAUAUACUUUUAAGAUGUCUAUUUAAAAUUGCUUCUUUUUUUAUUAAGUUGACUGUAAACUGUAUCUGUGUAACGUAUCUUUUGUAACUGGCUUACUGUUCGUUUUUACAAAUACAAAUUUGUCAUAAUUUUA